CAUUACUGACUAAUAGUAUAAUAGAUCUGUAAGUGCAAAAAGAAGCAAUCCAAUUGCCCAAAUAAUGACCAUAUUUCAGUAGUAAAGGUGUAAAAGGGACAUUUGAUUGGGAACGAAGUAUUAUACUCCGGCUUCUGAUUUCAAUCGUGUGUGUGCGUGAGUGCAACAGGAACCAUGUCGAUUUCAAUUCAAUUUUUUUUUCAGAAAAAAUGAAUUCCCGAAUACCCAUUCUUGGAUACAGUGACACGCAAGGGACUGAAUUUGUACUUGAAUGCAACUAUGCUACCGGUACGGUUUCUCUCCCUCGCGCAGAUUUCGAUGUCGUUUCGUUCGCCAUGGGGAGGACGGUGUGUCUGGGAAGCCGCGCCGUGACCGUGGAGAAGACCGCCGAUUCUUCGGGAUCGACGGAAGCCGCCAUUCUGGUCUCGGUCGAGGACGUUCGGGACGGCAACCACCGGGCCGUUGCCGUUCGGCUCUCGACCGGAACCGCGGCGUACCGGUGCGUUCUUUUGCCGUCCGAAACGGCCGCGGCCGCAUCCGAUUGCUUGGAAGGCCUCGUGAGCGCCGGUGACGGCAACGGCAACAGCGAUGGCAACAGCGACGGCGACGGGAGGGUCCUCGCGCUGGGCCGGCUGUUGCUGCGGGGGGACGGCGGGUCCCCCUGUGGCCACGAGAAGGAAGACGAACACGAGGAUUCGCCCCGAACCCAAAACCGAAACAGAAACCAACACCGCCCACCCAGCGACGGUCUCGGCCUCGUCUUCCAGAGCGAAGAACGAAGACGAACGCCGGGACGAACCCCCGAAGGGCCCGAUCACGGGGACGGCCCGGACGACGUCUUUCUCGCGAUCCAAGAGACGGUCGCAAACGGAAUGAAGAGAAGCGUCUUUCGGAAGAAAAUGGAACCCACGGACGUCUUGUCGUACUGUCGUUUCGCCGGGAAGGCACUGAACCGAUCGCUGGAGGACGCGGAACGAACGAAGGAGGGGAUGCUGCGGUGGAAGAAGACGGCGGAAACCCUCGGUCGCGUCCAGCAGGAAACCAAGGACACGCUGCUCGCCAAUUUUGCCAGGCUGCGGAACCGAGCGCACGAGCGACACCGAGCCGAGCUCUCGGAACUCUCGAGGGAGCACCGGGCCCCGCGGGAGGCGGACUCUUGGUCCGCGCCCGCAACCACCGAGCGAACCGAUCCGGCAGGGGUGCACCCCGCGGACGACGAAGCCCCCGGGCCGGACGACGACCACGACGACCAAGCCCUCGGCCUGGGCCUCGCCCUGGCGGAGGGAAAACGGCUCCGGGGGGAGCAGCCCCCCCGAACGGCGGUCCUGGCCCCGGGCGAGUCCGUCGACAUGGUGGGCCUCUCGCGGGAAAGCCGGGCCUUCGAAGACGACCGAAAGGGCGGACGGAACCGAAAGCGCGGGCGGACCGGCGGUCGGCGGUGAACCAGCGCAACCGAUGCCGAGCGAACCCACGGGGAGCCGCGGCCGCCGCCUCGCUGGCUGUGCGCGACGGCGGAGGGGACGGCCGCACCACGCGGGCAAGCGGCGGCGAAGGGACCGCUCGAACGACCGGGACCUUCUCGGAGGUCCCCGGCGGCAGAACCGGCGACCAUAACGAAAAGAAAGAAACCAAUGCACAAGCG